CACCCUCACUGUACCACUGGAUAUCCUGAUUGGUGAUAGCCUUCCCCUGUGCUCUAUGAUUGGCCGACCGCAUGCCGCUGAGAGCUAGGAUGCCAGUUUCCUGAAAUACGGGCUGGCGGGCGGAAGUGAAGGCCCGCUUGAGGUAUGCCGUGAGGCGCCGGCUGGGUGCUGCGCGUGGCGGGUCUCCGAGACUUAGUCUCGGAGGGCCGCCAUGGCCAGCGUCCACGAGAGCCUCUAUUUCAAUCCAAUGAUGACCAAUGGAGUGGUGCACGCCAACGUGUUCGGCAUCAAGGACUGGGUGACGCCAUAUAAGAUCGCGGUACUGGUGCUGCUGAACGAGAUGGGCCGCACGGGCGAGGGCGCGGUCAGCCUCCUGGAGCGGCGGAAGCUCAACCAGCUACUCCUGCCGCUGCUGCAGGGCCCAGACAUUACACUGUCAAAACUAUACAAGUUAAUUGAAGACUCUUGUCCUCAGCUGGCAAAUUCAGUACAGAUCAGAAUCAAACUGAUGGCUGAAGGCGAAUUGAAGGAUAUGGAACAGUUUUUUGAUGACCUUUCAGAUUCUUUUUCUGGAACUGAACCAGAGGUUCACAAAACAAGUGUAGUAGGUUUAUUUCUGCGUCACAUGAUCUUGGCCUACAGUAAACUUUCUUUCAGUCAAGUGUUUAAACUAUACACCGCCCUUCAACAGUACUUCCAAAAUGGUGAGAAAAAGACAGUGGAGGAUACUGAGAUGGAACUGACAAGUAGAGAGGAAGGAGAAAGAAAAAUGGAAAAAGAAGAACUUGACGUGUCCGUAAGAGAAGAAGAGGUAUCUUGCAGUGGACCGCUAUCUCAAAAACAAGCGGAAUUUUUUCUUUCUCAGCAGGCUUCUUUGUUAAAGAAUGAUGAGACUAAAGCCCUCACUCCAGCUUCCUUGCAGAAAGAAUUGAACAACUUGUUGAAAUUUAAUCCUGAUUUUGCUGAAGCGCAUUACCUUAGCUACUUGAACAACCUCCGCGUCCAGGAUGUUUUCAGCUCAACACACAGCCUCCUUCAUUAUUUUGACCGCCUGAUUCUCACUGGAGCUGAAAGUAAGAGUAACGGGGAAGAGGGCUAUGGCCGGAGCUUGAGAUAUGCUGCUCUGAACCUGGCUGCUUUGCACUGCCGCUUCGGUCACUAUCAACAGGCAGAGCUCGCCCUGCAGGAGGCAAUUAGGAUUGCCCAGGAGUCCAACGAUCACGUGUGUCUCCAGCACUGUUUGAGCUGGCUUUAUGUGCUGGGGCAGAAGAGAUCCGAUAGCUAUGUUCUGCUGGAGCAUUCUGUGAAGAAAGCAGUACAUUUUGGGUUACCGUACCUCGCCUCCCUGGGAAUACAGUCCCUUGUUCAACAGAGAGCUUUUGCUGGGAAGACUGCCAACAAACUGAUGGAUGCCCUAAAGGACUCUGACCUCCUGCACUGGAAACACAGCCUGUCGGAGCUCAUCGAUAUCAGCAUCGCCCAGAAAACGGCCAUCUGGAGACUUUAUGGCCGCAGCACUAUGGCACUGCAGCAAGCCCAGAUGUUGCUGAGCAUGAACAGCCUGGAGUCAGUGAAUUCUGGAGUGCAGCAGAACAACACAGAGUCCUUUGCUGUCGCACUCUGUCAUCUUGCAGAGCUACACGCAGAGCAGGGCUGUUUUGCCGCAGCUGCUGAAGUGUUAAAGCACUUGAAGGAACGAUUCCCACCUAAUACCCAACAUGCCCAGUUAUGGAUGCUAUGUGAUCAAAAAAUACAAUUUGACAGAGCAAUGAAUGAUGGCAAAUAUCAUUUGGCUGAUUCACUUGUCACAGGAAUCACAGCUCUUAAUGGCAUAGAAGGUGUAUAUAGAAAAGCAGUUGUACUACAAGCUCAGAACCAAAUGUCGGAGGCACACAAGCUUUUACAAAAAUUGUUGACAUACUGUCAGAAAUUAAAGAACACAGAAAUGGUGAUCAGUGUCCUGCUUUCGGUGGCAGAGCUGUACUGGCGAUCUUCCUCCCCUACCAUUGCGAUGCCUGUGCUGCUGCAGGCUCUGGCCCUUUCCAAGGAGUAUCGGUUACAGUACUUGGCCUCCGAAACCGUGCUGAAUUUGGCUUUUGCCCAGUUUUCGGCGGACACAACGUCUUUGUUUAUAUGUGGUGCUGAGGAUCGAACCCGGGCCGCAGGCAUGCCAGGUGGCGCUGCUGCCGGAUGGCAGAGCCCAGGCCCCUUGGAUGAAGUGGCUGCACGCACCAUGUCAUCAUGUGUCACUAGCCAGCCCAGCAGUGACCCGGCCGCCCCCCAGGAUGAGCUGGGGGGCGGGGGCAGCAGUAGUGAAGGCCAGAAGCCCUGUGAGGCCCUGCGGGGCCUCUCGUCCUUGAGCAUCCACUUGGGCAUGGAGUCUUUCAUCGUGGUCACCGACUGUGAGCCGGGCGGUGCUGUGGACCUCGGCCUGGCCAGGGACCAGCCCCUGGAGGCCGAUGGCCGAGAGGCCCCCCUCGAUGCUUCGGGGCCCCAGGCCCGGCCCCACCUCUCAGGUCGCAAGCUGUCCCUGCAGGAGCAGUCCCAGGGUGGGCCGGCGGCCAGCAGCAGCCUGGACAUGAACGGCCGCUGCAUCUACCCGUCCCUGCCCUACUCGCCCGUCAGCUCCCCGCAGUCCUCGCCGCGGCUGCCCCGGCGGCCCACCGUGGAGUCUCACCACGUCUCCAUCACAGGGAUGCAGGACUGUGUGCAGCUGAAUCAGUACACAUUGAAGGAUGAAAUUGGAAAGGGCUCCUAUGGCGUGGUCAAGCUGGCCUAUAAUGAGAACGACAACACGUACUAUGCGAUGAAAGUGCUGUCCAAGAAGAAGCUGAUCCGACAGGCUGGCUUUCCACGUCGCCCCCCACCCCGAGGCACCCGUCCUGCCCCUGGAGGUUGCAUCCAGCCCCGGGGCCCCAUUGAGCAGGUGUACCAGGAAAUCGCCAUCCUGAAGAAACUGGACCACCCCAAUGUGGUGAAGCUGGUGGAGGUCCUGGAUGACCCCAAUGAGGACCAUCUGUACAUGGUGUUUGAACUUGUCAACCAAGGGCCUGUGAUGGAUGUGCCCACCCUCAAACCCCUGUCUGAAGACCAGGCCCGUUUCUACUUUCAGGAUCUGAUCAAAGGCAUCGAGUACCUACACUACCAGAAGAUCAUCCACCGGGACAUCAAGCCUUCCAACCUCCUGGUUGGAGAAGAUGGGCACAUCAAGAUUGCUGACUUUGGUGUGAGCAAUGAGUUCAAGGGCAGUGAUGCCCUCCUGUCUAACACCGUGGGCACACCUGCCUUCAUGGCACCGGAGUCGCUCUCGGAGACCCGCAAGAUCUUCUCUGGGAAGGCCUUGGAUGUUUGGGCCAUGGGUGUGACGCUGUACUGCUUUGUCUUUGGCCAGUGCCCGUUCAUGGAUGAGCGGAUCAUGUGUUUACACAGUAAGAUCAAGAGUCAGGCCCUGGAGUUCCCAGACCAGCCUGACAUAGCUGAGGACCUGAAGGACCUGAUCACCCGUAUGUUGGAUAAGAACCCGGAGUCAAGGAUUGUGGUGCCGGAAAUCAAGCUGCACCCCUGGGUCACGAGGCACGGGGCCGAGCCGUUGCCAUCAGAGGAUGAGAACUGCACGCUGGUCGAGGUGACUGAAGAGGAGGUGGAGAAUUCUGUCAAACAUAUUCCCAGCCUGGCGACCGUGAUCCUGGUGAAGACCAUGAUUCGGAAACGCUCCUUCGGGAACCCAUUUGAGGGCAGCCGGCGGGAGGAGCGCUCGCUGUCUGCCCCUGGGAACCUGCUCCUCAAAAAAACAACCAGGGAGUGGGAGCCCCUGUCUGAGCCCAAGGAAGCAAGGCAGCGAAGACAGCCUCCGGGGCCCCGAGCCAGCCCCCGUGGGGGAGGAGGAAGUGCUCUUGUGAAAGGUGGUCCCUGCGUGGAAAGUUGGGGGGCCCCCGGCCCCAGCUCCCCCGCACAUGUGCUUCCACAGCAGCCCGAGGAGGCACUGGAGCCGGAGUAGCUGCCUGGACGCUCGACCUCGCAUGCCUGGCCAUGUUGCCCUGCACGGGCUGCUGCACCCUGCGUUUCCAUAGCAGCAUGUCCUACGGAAACCGAGCACGUGUGUAGAGCCUUGACCGUCACCUCUGGUUAUGUGUUUUUCCUUUAUUGUUUUAAAGGGGACAAAAAAAAAAAAAAAAAAAAAGACUUGACUCCGUGACGUCGACCUUGGCCGCUGGCUGGCCGGACCGGCGGGUGUGAGGAAUUGCAGACCAAACCCACGUGUGUUUUGGGAUAAUUGCUUUUUAAAAAUGUUUUUAUGCCAAAAAUCCUUCAAAACCAUGUGAGAUAUACCAAGGGAAUGAAUGUGUGCGGGGUUUGAACGGCGCAGAGGAAUGAGCAGGAGACUCCAGCAGGACUGGGGCCGAGGAGCAGAUGCUGCAUUUGAGGAGUGGAAGGAAGGCUUCGCGACUCCUUCUGCAAACCCCGAAUUUCCUUCCAGAACCGUGGAUGAGCAGGGCUAGCCCUCAGUAGCUGCAGAGAGCAUCAAUGCAACUUAUUUGCAAGAAGGACUUUUAAAUUUUUUUAUGGUUAGAACUGUAGUCAGGAAAACUGAAAGGGCUUGAAGUUUAAUUGCUUUUUGAAGGGGAUUUGCCAACCCUAGGAGCCUUCAGCAGCCUGGGCGGGGAAGAGGUUUGCCUGGAGGACUGAAUGUGCGCCCUUACACCUGCCACUCAAAGUGGGUUUCUGGAAAGGUUGGCUGGGCUCCAGUAAAUCUCUUUGUUCAGUUACAAAAACUUCAGGGUGAAAUCCUACACUUCCAUGUACAUUACAUGGCUUAUGAUUCAACACAAAAAUAUUUUCAAUUGUCUAACUAGACUGAACUCUAGAGAAGUUCAGAGGUUAUUUAGAGCUUCCAGGUCAUGCCACAGCUUCCCUGUGUGAUCUGAGUGAGAGCCGAUGAAACCUAAUGCCUGUAUAUUAGCAACUCGGCUUGUUUAUGACCUGUGUAUUCCUGAGCCUGCUGAGGUUCUGUUUGCAUCUUAACCGCUCACUCGCGGCAGUCAGCCAAACACUUUACCUGCUUUGUGGAGGGCUCUGAGGGAAAUACUCUUACUUGGCUGAGACACAAAUGAUCAUCCUUAGCAUCAAAGCUUUGGUAGGGUCCACACAGUGACCUUGGAUCACCCUUUUAGAGAAGAUUGUUGAAACUCAAGAGUAUUCCUUGGGAUAUGGAGGAACUGGGUGCUAGCAUGGGAAGUUCCCUUUUGUAGCCUGAAAAUUUUACCUUUUGACUUCCAACCAAAAGAAACUUCCCAAUGCUGAGACGUUUGGCUGAGGUUUGCAUGUGACUCUUCCCAGAGCCACACACUGGUGAGUGUGAAGUUCAAGGGGGUGGGAAGGACUUUGUGCUGGGAGGACUUUGAGAUCUGGUCCUGGGAGGUAAAUUCAGUGCCGGGCCUUGGAAGACUGCUUUUUUUGUGGUUUCAGUUUGAUAAGCCUUGGUUCAAGGACUUCGCACAGAGACAGAAGCAAAGCCUGUGUCCCCUCCCAGCCAUUCACAAAGCCUGGGCAUUCCUUGGCUUCCAUAGAUUUUCUUAAGCUCUUGAUUGUAGUUUAGCCAGGUUUCGCGUGCUGUUGUAGAAGCAGUUAGAAUUAGGGAAUGCUGGUUCCAAAGAGCACAGACUCCGGUGUAAGGAGGGUCAUCUUGCCUGCUUGCUUUGUCUUUGUAACCUAGUAUUUGCGCUUGUCUCCCCUCUGCUUUAAAUUUAGGGGGAAAUGACCCAGUAGCUCCACCCCUUCUGGUAGCAGAUGGGGUCUGGUGAGUUUGCAAUAAGCACCUUGCAGUGGUUAAAGUCUCCAGUCCUUAGGCUUAUCCCCAGCCCGCGUGCACGGACUCUGCCUGGCUGAGUGGCCGAGGAGGGCAGGCUGCAUGCAGAGCUCUGCAGAACUCCUCUCAUGUUUACACGCCGCAUUGGGCAAUGCCAUUUCUCCCCACCAUGAACUCGCCAUCCCAGAUGUCUUAUGGGGAAGCCCAGUGGCCAGGCAGCAUCUAGCCAUUUGGGUGGGUGGGGUGGGGGAGGUCCACACCGUAACUUUUAUUUAGUUAGUUUUUAAAAUAAACACCAAAGAAAGCUGUGGAAAGGAACCUCUCCUCAUGGAAAGCAUAAGUAGACAUGGCUGUCACUAGGGCCACCACUCUUGGAGCACAAACGUGGAGUUUUUAAAAGCCAGCUUGGCCAGGAAAAGGGAGAAGCUGUCAGGAGCAGCUUUUUCCAGUGGGCAAAAAGGAUGCCUGUGCUUCCUCGAGUUGCUGGCUCCUCUGGGACCAGUGUGGUGUGAGCCCUGUGGCCUGGAAGAAAGCACAAGCCUCCCACAUGCUUUUCUUUUCCUCUGCCUGUUUCCACCUCUCCUGUCCAUUCCAGAGGUGGCCAGUGGUCCCCAGAAACCUUAUCGAGCCCCCCCUGUUGGCAUUUGGGCCUGCGGAGGCCAUUACUUUGGCCUUUCCAUGGGGUGGAGCUCCUGUCCACAAACCCUUUCUGGAACAAGGAGAACCCCUGCCCAGGGGGAGGCUGGCCCAGGCUGUGGCCCUCACCCAUCUUCCUGAGGGCAGCUUCACAUUGCUGAUGGUGGAACCAGGACCCCCACUUGCUUCCAAGGUGCUAGGGAAGAUCUCAUAGUCAUGGGUCCCAUCUUUUCUUCAGCUUCAUGGGCCGAGUCUCAUGGGACUUUUGACUUUUCUAUUCUGUGAUCUCUUCGAUGCCCAAUGCUUCUGUUUUAUUCCUGAUCCUUUCUACUAUGCAUUUUCCUUUUAUCAGGUGUACAAAGUUAAAUACUGUGUAUUUAUCACUUACAAGUACAUGAACUUAAGAGAAAGAUAAGCCUUUGGUGUUUUUCCACAAAUGAUUAAGCUUCUCUGUAAACUUGAAAUAAAGAGACAGCAAAAUGGUGCAAA